AUGCUUCAAGAAACCCUCGUUUCGCCUCUAGGUAGGAGUUUUAUUAGAGACGCUCGUGCUGCACAGCGCCCAAUUCUUUCCUGGUCUGUCGAUAAUGAAAAAGGUUUGGACUGGUGUGUAAGGAGGGAGCUUGAUGGAGUGGUAACGGACAACCCUAAGAAGCUCUUGGAGUUGCGGGAAAGUUCUGUCAAGUCAGGGCGACCGCUAGUAUGGUCGGUCAGGCGAAUAGCCAGCCUCCUGCGUAUCAACAUGAUUAUAUGGGUUUUUAAUUUCAUCUUUGGAAGGAAGUAUGGAUUUGGCUUGGAUCAACGAUACACGACCAAAAGUCACUAA